CAGACAGUCGUGCUUUGAUAGCCUGCAUCGAUCGAAUCCCAAAGGUUAUGCGAGUUCGAAUGACGAGGAUGAACGUGAAUCCGGAUUUACGACGGUUCUAUAAAGAUAUUCAGUCGUUCUUCGCUUCCAAAAAUCCAUAGAGACGCGCAUAAUUCCGAGAACGAAUUAAAAAAAGUGAUGAUUUAAAAGUUUCCGUGUGGAGAAACCUAAGUCAGGAAAGGAUCCGCUAUUCGAGCAACGUUCAUGAAUAAUUGAAGAACGCAGAACAUAGGAUUAUCAUAAUGCGUGAAUGACGCUGCGCUAAAUCUUCAUCAAGCUGGCGCAUCGGAGGCAGUAGACUCGAAAGGAGAGGAUCAGAAGGAGGACGAGCACGAGCAUUGUUUGGAAGAACCAGAAGCAUCGACGAGUCCAGAGAUGGGUUGCUGUGGUUGUGGGGAUGAGCCAUCCAAGGUGGAACCCACGUCACCUCAAAGUCAGGGUUCAGCGUCCAAAUAUUCGGACCAGAUCUUUGUAAAGGAUCGAUCAUGUACCGACAUUUGGGCUGUGAUUAUUUUACUUGCCCUCGCAGGUGGUUUCAGCUUCAUGAUGACGAACGUGGCGAAGAAGGGUGAUAUUUAUCGCGUGGUGAAUGGCUACGACGAUUGUGGAAAUGUCUGUGGCCGCGUAACCCCCACGCGCGAAGGAAUUCCGAACUCCUGCAAAGGCACUGAUAAUAGCCAAUAUCCCUACGUCGACAUCGACAUCGGGACAAAAGGAGUGAAGACGCGUAAAUGUGUGGCACAGUGCAAUUCGACGAAUGAUGAACCCAGAAUGUUAUUCCUGAAUCGUUGUCUGCACACAAGCGAAAAAGUGAAAAGCACCAUCAACUCUCUCAUAAGGACCCUUCGCCUGGACAGUUUUUACAAUGAAUCAGUCACUGAUUUGGGAAUUGCGUGGCGUGAAUUGGUUUAUCUUUUGCUUAUUGCUUUAGGACUUUCUCUCGGCAUCCUCGUGGCCUUCCGCUUUUUGGUACAAUAUGUCAUUUAUAUGGUAUUGAUCGGCGCAGUUUUGGCCUGCAUCGGCGGCACGACAUAUCUCUGGCUGGCGUGGUAUCGUGAGAAGAAAGCGGUCGACAGCGGCGCGAUUAUCCCGGAAGAUUCCAGCCUGGAGUCGUACUUCAUUUACGCUAUCAUUAUGUCGGUCGUUGCUGUCAUCGUAAUUUUGGUGAUCCUGGUAAUGAGGAAGAGGAUCGAGCUGGUCAUGCAGCUCUUUCGCGAGGCGGGCAAAGCCGUGGGCGCGAUGCCGGCGUUGCUAUUUCAGCCGGUUUAUACGUAUCUGCUUAUCGGAUUCACGGUGGUGGCGUGGGUCUACUGUAUGCUGUGGAUCGAGAGCGCCGGCGACAUCUACGUGAAUAAGAAAAACCACGUUCACUUCAAGAAGGACGCGCUACUUAUUGCGACAAGAUGGUAUAAUCUAUUUCUGUUCUUCGUGGCGUGUGAGUUUUACUUGGGCUGCCAACAUAUGGUCGUUGCUUGCGCCGUUGCUCGCUGGUUCUUUACAAGGGAUAAAAGACGACUUUCUUUACCGGUGGCGAAAGGCUUCGGAUAUCUCCUAAAAUAUCACAUGGGCACCGUUGCUUUCGGAGCUCUGAUAAUCGGCAUCGUUCGACUGGUUCGAGCCAUGAUUUCCUUCGUCCAAAAACAUCUGAAGCAAUACGAUAACGCUUUCGUGCAAGCAAUUCUAUGGUGUUGUCAAUGUUGUCUUUGGUGCUUCGAGUGUGCUCUGAAAUUCCUUACCAGAAAUGCUUAUAUCGAAACAGCCAUAUACGGAUGCAACUUUUGCACAGGCGGCAGAAAGGCGUUCCAAGCUUUGUCCAGUAAUAUUUUGCGAGUGGCGGCGAUUAACAGCGUUGGCGAUUUUGUCUUAUUCCUGGGCAAAGUCCUCGUCGUCACGCUUACUGUUGUCGCGGGGAUUUGUUUGAUGCAGGUACAGAAAAAAGAGGGACUCAAUCAUCCUUGGGUACCGAUAACUCUCGCGGGGAUAUUCGCAUUCCUGGUCGCGCAUUGCUUUAUAUCCAUUUACGAAAUGAUUAUCGACACGAUAUUCUUGUGCUUCUGUGAGGAUUGCGAAAAGAAUGACGGCAUUAGCCGACCUUAUUUCAUGAGCCGCGGUCUGAUGGAAUUCGUGGAGAACAGCAAGAAAGCUCUGAAGAAUCUCGAACAGCAGGGACCUGGCGCCUCGUAACAAGCGUUGAGAUUCAGUUUGAUAUUUCUUUCGGAAAGAAUGCAUUAUGGAUUGUUUUGAUAAGAAAUUGGAUGAGAGUUUGCGUUGGGAUUUUAAGUAAAAUGGGUGUUUUUCUAAUGGCUAAAUCUUCGAAAAAUAAUAUAAUUGCGGAGGAUUGCGAUCUUUCUUUUCAUACACGCACAAAUGGUCUUCUCUUACCACAAUUAAGUCGUCCCACGCCGAGAAGACGUACACAAUCGAUUGCUUCGAUUGAUUCGACUGAUUACAAAUCAUUCUAUUUUCGAAGUUCCUAUUUCUAAAAAUAUUUUUUACAUGAAAGUUUUUUAAUAUAUAAUCCUAGCUGAAAUAGAUGCGACAUUUACGCAGUUGUUGCCGAACACGCCGAUUGGCAGCCCGAAAUUUAUUUUCGUUGAGAGUGAUUUAAAACGAACAAGUUAAUUUAUAAGAUGUUUGUUCUGCGCUUUAGAAUGUAAGUUGUGAGCUACGUAUUUGCUACGUAUUUGUAUACGUAGCAAAAUUUGUAUUGUUUACAAAUCUCAUUUCUUACCGCUGUAAAUAUUGUUUUCCCCUUUUUUUUUUUUUUUACGAACAAGUGCCUACGAAUAAUUUCUUUUUAGUACAAAUAACUGUAACAUAUAAAUAAUGAUAAAUCGGUAAACAAUGAUAAAUCUGAUGAUAGUUUACUAAUGAUGAAUAGUUACGUUAUUUCGAAAGAGAUAAGCAUGUGAACAGAAGUUAAUAUCGCAUUAUAUGUUAUUAAUAAAAAUUUAUGGAUACCACAAAAA